AUGACGAGUAAGGGCAGGUUUUUGGGGACGGGCGAGGUCAUGUCGGACGAGGCGAAGGCGGCAGCGGGGCUCCAGGACUCGUACGCUUUCGGAAUGAUCCCGUGGCGCGUGGCCGGCGCCGGGUACGGCCUGAUCUUCCACACGACCGUCAACCUGCUGCAGCAGCGUCCUCUCCUCAGGCGGCCCUGGGAGCUCCCGGUCUGGAUGGCGCUGUGGGGGUGGGCCUUCCACCAUUGGAACAACGACCGGCGCUGGAGCGGCAUGACCGUCGGGGAGGACAUCAUGUUCCGGUUCUACCGGAAGCACGUCUGGAACGACCAGCUCCUGCGCGACUGGUCCGGGGAGCGGAGGCAGUCGUACCUGGACAGGGUCAUGGACGAGGUGGAGGCGCAGUCCGGGGUCGGGAAGAAGGGAGCGAACCGCUGGACGUGA